CAAAACACAAUGUUCCAAAUCGUUAUAUUAUCUGUUCUCGUGGGUUCAGCCCUGACCGCACAAGGGACCAAGUGGAAAUAUGGUGAAACAGACAAAGUCCAUAAAAUCUAUGGUCCGAAAGACUGGGGAAAGGUUUCAAAGUUUUGUGACGGGAGCGCCCAGUCCCCAAUAAAUAUUGAAACCCGCUCGGUGGAAAAUGACGGAAGUCUGAAGGCACUCCGGUUUUUAGCUGAGAAUCGGUAUGGAAGAGUCAGCGGUGUUCUAGAGAACAAUGGUCAUGCUCCUACCCUGGCAAUAGAUAAACCAAGGGGUACUUCAACACUCACCGGAGGUCCCUUGGGGAACAGCGUGUAUAAGCUUCAGCAGUUGCACAUUCAUUUUGGUUGUAAGAACAACAAAGGAUCUGAACACACUGUCAACGGAAAGGCAUUCUCAGGAGAGCUUCAUUUGGUGCACUAUAACACGAAGUAUGGAGAUUUUAAAACUGCUGUGGACAAACGAGACGGACUGGCUGUGAUUGGUGUCUUUUUACAGGGAGAUGAUGAGGAUGACUCAAGUUAUUCGUUAAAAAUUAUAAGUGGAGCAACGCGAUACAUAAGGAAGGCUGAGGAACAAGGAAAGGUGAUCAAGUUUAAAGCAAAACGCUUCGCUCGUUUCUAUCCGUCGUCAUUACCACUGAGAUGUCUUUGGGAUACGGUGCCUUACUGUGGGGAAUCCCCAUUCGAUGGAGAUUCAUGA